AAUCACUGCUGCACGACAUCUGUAACUGCCAACAAUGCCGGAACCUGUACCUGGGCCUCGUACUCUCUAUGACAAGAUCUGGGAUAACCACGUCGUACACACCCAGGAGGAUGGUACCACCAUCUUGUACAUCGACAGGCACAUCAUCCAUGAGGUCUCCACCCCGCAAGCCUUCGACGGGCUCAACGAAGCUGGCAGGCGUGUGCGCAGACCGGAGAGCACCCUUGGCACCGUAGACCACAAUACUCCCACCGCCAACAGGGAGAAGUAUACGGACGACGAGAGCUUCAUAAACGAUGUUGAGGCGAGGCACCAGGUCGUGCUUAUGGAGAAGAACUGCCAAGAACACGGUGUCGUGUACUUCUCUUUGGCAGAUAAGAGACAAGGGAUUUGUCAUAUCGUCGGUCCCGAGCAGGGCUUCACUCUCCCCGGAUGCACGGUCGUCUGCGGCGACUCCCACACCUCCACGCACGGCGCAUUCGGCGCCAUUGCCUUCGGCAUCGGCACGACCGAGGUUCAGCACGUGCUCGCCACACAAUGCUCUUACCAGCGUCACAGCAAGAACAUGAAGAUCCAGAUCGACGGUGUCCUCCACCCAUACGUCACCUCCAAGGAUCUUAUCCUCCAUGUCAUCGGGGUGAUCGGCACUGCGGGCGGGACGGGUCAUGCGAUCGAGUACUGCGGGAGCACAGUGGAGGCUAUGAGCAUGGAGGCGCGUAUGAGUAUGUGCAACAUGAGCAUCGAGGCUGGUGCCCGCUGUGGAGUCGUCAAGCCCGACCAGACGACGUACGCGUACAUCAAGGGCCGUCCGCUGGCGCCCAAGGGCCAGAAGUGGGACGAAGCGGUCAAGUUCUGGGAUUCGCUUGCCAGCGAUCCAAACGCAAAGUGGGACGCGGAAGUCUUCAUCAAGGCGGAAGAUAUUGCGCCUACGAUCACCUGGGGCACAUCGCCCCAGGAGGUCGCCCCCGUCACCGGUAUGGUUCCCUACCCAGCGAACGCCGAGACGGAGCAGAGGCGGAAGGCGAUGGAGCGGAUGUUAGAGUACAUGGGUUUGACAGCCGGUACACCGAUCGAAGAGAUCAAGGUGGACAAGGUGUUCAUCGGCUCUUGCACCAACAGCCGUAUCGAGGAUCUGAGGAACGCUGCGGCCGUCGCCAACGGCAGGAAGGUCGCCGCGGGUGUGUACGCUAUGGUUGUCCCCGGAUCGGGAAACAUCAAGCUGCAGGCAGAGGCGGAGGGGCUCGACAGAAUCUUCAAAGCUGCUGGGUUCGAUUGGCGUGAAGCAGGGUGCAGCAUGUGCCUCGCUAUGAACGAGGACAAGCUUCAACCGGGCGAGCGUUGCGCGAGCACAAGCAACAGGAACUUCGAAGGCCGGCAGGGCACGGGCGGCCGAACGCAUCUCAUGUCUCCUGCUAUGGCCGCCGCCGCUGCUGUCAGCGGACACGUGACGGACGUGCGCGAACUCCCUGCUGUGCCACAGGGGAGCGCACUACCCAAGGUAGAGGUUGGCGAGGCGCACCCUUUUGCCCCUCUUGCGCACACGUUCGGUGAGAAGGUGGCUGAGGCGGUCAAGGCUGGCAAGCAGGUACCGGCUCCCCUGCACAAGCACGAGGAUGUUAAGGGUGGUAUUCCGAAGUUUGGAGUAGACGGUGUGCUCACAGGCAUCGCUGCUCCCAUGGAUAAAAGCAAUGUCGACACGGACCAGGUCUUGCCCAAGGAGUAUCUGAAGAAGAUCAGCAAGAAGGGUCUCGCGGAGGGUCUCUUCCGCCCUAUGCGCUUCGACGCUAUGACUGGCAAGGAGAUCACAGACUUUGUUCUUAACAAAGACCCAUGGCGCAAGUCACAAAUCCUCGUCGCCCGCUACAACUUCGGCUGUGGUUCUUCUCGAGAGCACGCGCCUUGGGCACUCCAGGACUUUGGCUUCCGUGCAUUCAUUGCUGAAAGCUACGGCGAGAUCUUCUACAACAACAGCACGAAGAACGGGCUUCUCCCCGUUGUACUCACCAAGGAUCAGGUCGAGCUGUGCAUUCAGGAUGCUGCUGCCGGUAAGGAAAUCACUGUCGAUCUCCCGAACCAGGUCGUCGUCCUCCAGAGUGGGGAGAAGUUCCCAUUCAACGUCAAUCCCUUCAUCAAGCACUGCCUGCUUGAGGGCCUCGACGAUAUCUCUCUCACAUUCAUGCACCUGAAGGAGAUCGAGGCUUAUGAGGAGACGCGCAAACAACGCUAUCCCUGGCUGGAUGGGAACGGCUACCUCCAGACGGACGAGCUUGGUCGCAUCCGCGUCCUUCAUGAGGGUGUUGCGGACUGGUGACGAGGCCGACGGCGCUUUCAGCGCGUACAAUACUUGUUUGUUCUGUUUAGAUUUCUGGCAUCGAUUAGGCAAUUAG